AUGAGACCUACGGAGAGGGACUUAGACCAACUAAUUAGGAACAUAGUUAGUCUAGAUGAGAUGCAGUUUGGUCUUGUGCCAGGAAGAAGUACCACUGGUGCUAUAUUUCUGGUAAGGCAGCUGGAAGAGCAGUAUCUAACCAAAACUAGACCUCUGUUCUUGGCAUUUAUUGACAUGGACAAAGCCUUUGACAGAGUUCUCCGCUCUCUUAUCUGGUGGACAAUGCGGAAACUAGGGAUAGAGGAGUGGCUGGUGAGAGCUAUGCAAGAGAUAUACAGGGUCGCUGUGAAGAAGAUGAGAGUUGGCAACCAGUAUAGCGAUGAAAUCAAGGCAGCGAAGAAUUCUAAGGAAUACCUGCUGCAAAUAGGCUUCCCUGGAGAUCGUUUGAUGACAUGGCUACUUUGUUCCCUUGACUUAAACCCGAUCGAGAACGUGUGGAGUGUCCUGAAGAGGCGUGAUUACCAAGAUGAACGACAGUUUUCGAGUAAAGUUGCUCUCUGGGGUGCUAUUGUAGAUGCUGCUCAAAGCAUGACACAAGAGGAUAUCAUCACCUUGAUAAAUUCAAUGGAUCAGCGUAUUAGCUUCAGAGAAAAUGCUAACGGACACAUUCGGGUGCAAGAUACUGCAUUUGAACUUACAAUCACGUUUAUCAUUCGCAAAAAUCUAAACUGUAUAUCGCCCCAUUAA